AUGGGAUCUUAUGGAAUUUGUAAAGAAUGUGAACAAGAAAAUACUGGAUAUCAAUGGUGUAUAACAUCAAUUAAUCAUUAUAGAGUAUUAAAAUGGAUACCAUACAAUAAAUUUUAUGAUAUUGAAUAUACUGCAAAAGGUGGUUUUGGAAAAUAUAUAAAGCAAAAUGGAUUGACGGAUAUAUUCAUCAUUGGGAUGAAAAUCAAAUGGAAAAGAUUUAAUUCCAAUGAGAUUGUAGCAUUAAAAAUUUAUGGAAUUACACGAGAUCCGGAAAAAAAAAAUUAUAUGAUGGUUUUGCAAUAUGCGGAGGUUGGAAGUUCACGAAAUUAUUUAAAUAAAUAUUAUAGUAAGUUAGAUUGGACAACUAAACUUUUUUAUUUAUGGCAUAUUGCAUAUGGACUUGAAACAAUCCAUGAAAGGGAACUAAUUCAUCGAGAUUUACAUAUUGGUAACAUACUUGAAUUUAUCGGAUGCACUUCUAUAACUGAUAUGGGAUUAUGUAAACCCGCAGAUUAUAAUUCAUCCGAAAACUCAAAAAAUAGAAUUUAUGAUGUUUUACCUUAUGUCGCUCCUGAAAUUUAA